AUGGAGAACAGCAAGCAGCCAGUGAAGGAGGUGCUCCCCCUGCCUCGCCACCCUUCCCCACUUCCUGUGACCUCUUCCUCUCUGCCCCCUGCUGCCACUUUGAAGAAACCCACCACAGGCUCCAUCCAGCAUGUACAGGUGGCCUCGUCAGUGGUUACAUCGUUCAGCCAUCUAAAGCCUCCAGAGACGGAUCUCACUCUGAUAUCACACAUGAAGUCUCUGAAGUCUCUGAGGCACGCUGGCUUCACUGCGGUCUUCACUGGACAAACGAAGCUUGACGGCGAGGAGCUGUUUGAGGAGGUACCAAUUGUCGAUGUGAUCCUGGCUGACAUCGACUCCCUGGUGCCCACUCACGAUGAAGCCGGCCGCCCCAUAGCAGAGUGGAAACGACAGGUGAUGGUGCGGCAGCUCCAGGUCCGGCUGCAGGAUGAGGAGGAGCAGAGGAGACAGGACAUAAGUAAUGACUACACCCCAGUGGAUGGCUGGAAGUACUCUCAAACCCACAACGCAGUCUUGGGCCCCUUUGGGGAGCUCUUAACAGAGGAUGACCUGGUUUACCUGCAGCAGCAGAUCGAGACUGUUUCACUGCAGAAGCGCUGCCAGGCCUAUGAACUGGAGCUGACCAGGCUGACCGAGGAGCUGAGGGCCAUCUUACCGGAUCCAAUCGUAAACAUCUCCCUUAACAAAGAGAUCCUUCAAAGGAUGGAUGCAGAGGGGACAAUGCACCUGACCUUGCCAGGGUGGUGCAGUCGUGUCUCAGAGAUUGUUAAGAGUAUGUCACUGCUGGUGGCUAAUCUGACACAAACCACAGAGGAAGGGGGUGAGAGGAGGAUAAUUUCUAGUGGAUGUCGAAUUCCCCAUAUAGGGAUGGCGUCCGCUUUUAGCCAUCGCCUGGAGACCAACAGCUACAGCAGAGCGCGGAGGGAGAGGGUGGAGAGGGAGAUCCAACAGUCUGGGGUGUCAGUCAGAAACCUCAGAUCCAACUUUGAAGGUCAGAUUGGUGGUAUUUAUCCUUUCGCUGGGGUUGUACAAGGAGGCCUGGGCUUGAACAGCCAGGUCAUGUUUGGUGCUUCCGGAGUAAACAGCCAGGAUGACAACACAGGCCUCAGUUUUCAGAUGAGUCAAUGUGAUCCUCCUAAAAAACCUGUGAUGGAGACGACCAGCUUAAGGAAAGAGCGUAUAGUGGUGCUGUUCCUGAGCCACUGGAAAAAAUCAGCAUAUGCUAUUUCAGUGAGAGCAGCAAGAAAGAAACAGGGACAAGAAGCACUUUCAGGGAGAGGGACAGGAGCAUCGCCCCAACAGAAAAUCACCUCCAUGUUUCAAUUCUGCAAACAACGAUGUGCUGUGGACAAGAUGCUGAACUCCUGGAAGAAUGAACUACAACUCAAAGGUGCACAGAAGUCCUGUUUGUCCUCCUCUCACUCCUCACAGAAUCCCCCACCUCGUGUAACCUUAUCCCCGGAGCAAUUCCUGCCCGACAUGGAUGGUGCUGCGGUGACCCACGACAGCUUGACCCUUGACCUCUUCAUGUUGGGAUACUUCCACAUCCUAGAGCAAGAGCUGUCGCCCGAGGAGAGGAAGAUGAGGCAUCUACUCUGCUUCGAAGUUUUUGACCACGUCGGCAGCUUCUCCUGGGAGGUGGUGAGGGACUUCCACAAGGCGGUUCUCCAGGAAAUCCGGACAGGGAGUCGAAAGUGGAGCGACGGCUUCGAGGACAUCAAAGUGUGCUUCUUUGGGGACUCCAGGCCAUGCCACUGUCCAUCACCAUUGCCAUCUUCCUCAUCAUUGUUGUCAGAUUCCAGACUCAUACCCAAAGUAGUUAUAGUUCCCAUUGCGCCUCCAGAUGAGUGUGGCAGUGACACAGACAUUUGUAAAUACAUUGACCGCAGCUUUGCUUUCUGGAAAGAAAAAGAAGCGGAGCUGUUCGAUUUCGAACAUUAG